UUGCUUACUUAGUGUCGCAAGACUUGCGACACACUUCGUUGGGCUGCUCCGACAUUUUGAUGAACACUAAUGGCGUUGUCAAAAUCGGAUGCCUAGAGAAAUGUGUUCUAAGGGAUCAAAAUGAAUCCCAUAAAGCUGAACUCGUUUCUGUCGGGAAUAUCACAAUGGAGCUGUUGCAGAAGUAUGUCAAAAACGAAGGCAGAGUCGGUAUUGACAAACUCGAUCGCUGGUCUUCGGAUUCCGUCGCCGUUAGUUUCCUUUCAGCCACAACUUCCGCCAACUCUAUAAAAACUCUCAUGGAGGAAAAUGGUGCACUCACAUACGUUUCGCUUCAAGCAUCACCUAAUAAGCAAAAUGCAUUUCUGCAAGGAGGAACUAAUCGGCCUCGCGUGGUUUGCACUCCAUUCGACGAGAACAUUUUGGUCUUAUGUCCCACCGGCAAAAGAGAAACGGCUAGCUUCGUGAGCUGCUGGAUUAAAUUGUUACUUCGUUUGUCUCGCUCUCGUAUAUGCGAAUCAUGUACAUCAUCCAAGGAUUCGGACAUACAUCGUUCAACUCGCGAUUAA